CUCCUGCUAUUUGGAGCAAAUUCUGUGCCAUUUCACAAAAUUCUACGAGAGAACCGUGAUUCAAUAUUAACUCUGGUUAAGAUGGAAGAACACAAUAAAACAUCCUGGAACAACGUAGCAGACAAAUCACAGAUGAGCCGUGACAGUCACGGUGAGGAUGACACCAGGUAUGGGUAUAUAGGAGCCAACUCUAGUCAGUUCUGUGACGUCAUGGCUCAGAUGAUGUCAACAGGGCCACUAGGUCCCACUGAACAGAUGACUCGUGUAGUGAACCCUGAAGUCACAGAUCCCAGUGUGACUGGAUCACAGGAGACAGGAGGGAUCGUAACACAAGAUCAGCUGGAAUCCACAGAUCAUAUGAUAUGCAGAAUAACACAACAGUCAGAUCCUGAAGACAGCCCAGUUCAUGUACAAGUAACAGCCACAAACCAAGCCAACAGUGAUGAGAAUGAAACCCGGCAAAUAGAAAGCCCAAACUCUGAAAGCCACGAAUCAUCUACACAAGUUUCCCAGACGACACAGCAGCAACCUGGACCAUCAAACCAAGAAAAAGUAGAUGUAGAGUCAGACUUAGCUAAAUGCUCCAUACCCUACAGAGGCACUCAACUUUUCAUUUGUGAUCUGUGUAGUUACAUGUUUAUUAGCGAGUGGGAUCUCGCCCGCCACAUCAAAACACACCCAGGUAAAAGUCCAGUGGUGAAGGCAGCACCCUUCCGCAAACCUUACAGUGCAAGGUAUGCCAAAAGAAAUGAUGAAUACACGAAGACUCAGGCUGGCGAGUUUAUCUGCAAAGAGUGUGGCUUCAGCACUAAUCUCCAAAAAUUACUGAUGAGACAUGUAGCAAAGAUCCACGAUGUCAAGAACCCAUACAAAUGUGACCAGUGCACUUUUUCUUCAGUCAAGAAAAAGACGAUGGACAGACAUGUGCUAAGACAUGUCAAGGAAGGCCCCUUUAAGUGCCGAGACUGUGCAUUCAGCACGUCUGUCAAAGAAGACAUGAAGAAGCACAUCGAGAACCAUAUAAAGCAGUCAGGCACACCAUACAAGUGCAAGCUGUGCCGUUUCUCUGCAGUUAUGAGGAGGACAAUGGAAAAGCACUAUUCCAUGAAACACCCCGAAGAAAACCCCACAGACACAGAAGAAGACAUGGAGAAGCACAUUGAGUCCCACAUAAAGAAGUCAGGCCAACCAUACAAGUGCAAGAUGUGCCGAUACUCUGCAGUUAAAAAGAAGACAAUGGAAAAGCACUAUUCCAUGAAACACCCCGAAGAAAGCCCUAUAGACACAGAAGCUCCUGAAGCUACAGAGUUUGGUAACUCAAGUAGCGAGGAAGAAACAGAAGAUACAACAGAACAGAGUCUGAAAUCAGAAACAAGUGAACAGGUGAAUGCAAGUACACAUGACAAGGAGAGCUUAGAGGAUACUGUGGUUGAAAAUUCUCAGGAAAGUCCAUCUGCAAGCAAGGAGAGUUUCCCUGCCAUGUCAGAGUCAUCAAGUGAAGAUGAGCUUCCUGAUCCAGGCACUGAUUCUGAUGAAGACUAUAUUCCUGAAAAGUCUGAUUUGAAUGCAACAGAACAGAGUCAUUUUGAUGAAGAUACUAAUGCAGUCCAAAAUGUCCCUGACAAGACUUUGGCAUUUAAGGAGUGUGACUUUGUCACAGACAGCAAGAGAAAGCUACCAUCACAUAGGAAAAGACAUCUAGAGAGCUCGAGGGUGUACAAAUGUAAGGAGUGUGAAUACGCUACAACAUACAGUUCUAGCCUACGCGUACACAUGUUCAAGCACACUGGAAAGUACCCUUUUGAGUGCAAGGAGUGUGGGUACAAGACAGGAAAGAGGAAUGAAAUGGUAAUACAUUCCAGAGUUCAUACCGGAGAGAAGCCCUUUAAGUGUGACCAGUGUGAUUUCUGUGCGGCACAAAGCAGUACCUUAACGCAGCACAAGAAGACACACGGCACAGAGAAAGCACCUCCAGCGAAGUUGUUCAACUGUACAGAGUGCGAGUAUUGUACCGUACGCAGGGCCGACCUCCGCCAACACAUGUUCAAGCACACCGGAAAGUACCCCUUUGAGUGUAAGGAGUGUGGGUACAAGACAGGAAAGAGGAAUGCAAUGGUAAAACACUCUAGGAUUCACACCGGCGAGAAGCCCUUUAAGUGUGAUCAGUGUGAUUUCUCCGCAGCCCAAAGCAGUGCCUUAAAAGAUCACAAGAUGAGACACAGUGGGGAGAAGCCAUUCAUGUGUGACGUUUGUGGUUUACGGUUUGUCACCAGGGCUAGCCUCAGGAACCACAUGUGGAGACAUUCGGACCACCCCGAAACCAGGAAGAGGCCGCAUAAGUGUGACAAGUGCGAGUACGCAACAGCGUAUAGGACACACCUGGUCAAACACGUGGCACGCCACCACACCGGAGAGAAGCCCCACAUGUGUGAGUACUGUGGGUACAGGACUGUGGAUGUAUCCAAUCUUGCCACACACAGGAAAACUCACACCGGAGACAGGCGGUUCAGGUGUGAUCUCUGCGACUACCGGUCAGUGGAAAAGAAGAAGCUGCAACAGCACAUGCUGUCGAAACACACCGGUGAGAAACCGUACAUGUGCACUUUUUGUGACUUCAGAACCGUGUACAAGCCCAGCCUACUGACCCACAUAAAAACUCACACUAGGGAGAAACCUUACAAGUGUGACCACUGUGACUUCCGAGCAGCAAGGAAAUAUAGUCUCAAGUCCCACAUGGUUCAGCAUACCGGUGAGAAACCCCACAUCUGUCCUGACUGUGGACACCAAACAGCUCAUAGAUCCAACCUCCUUUCUCAUAUGAGGAAAAUGCAUAAAAAGGAUAAGCCAGAGGUUUCCCCUGAAACACACACCAGUGAGAAACCUUACAAGUGUGACCACUGUGACUACCGAGCAGCCAGAAAAUAUAGUCUGAAGUCACACAUGGUUCAGCAUACCGGUGAGAAACCCCACAUCUGUCCUGACUGUGAACUCAGAACAGCUCAUAGAUCCAACCUCCUUUCUCAUAUGAGGAAAGUGCAUAAGAAGGACAUGCUAGAGGUUUCCCCUGAGUUCCCAAACAUGAUAACACUCCUGUUACCCUCAGGGACUGGAGCUGAGGAACUGUAGUGUAGCAUACUGUACACCUACUGUAUAAUGUGAAUCAUUAUGUGAAGUGUAAACAUAGCUAUACAUAUACAUACAUUUAUAUAUAAAAGUUAUGUGUAUAUGAUACAACAAGGAUUAUUAUUAUUUUUUUUUAACGGUGUUACUCAAUCAGUCAAUGCAAGGCCAAUUAUUUUUGGCCACUUCUAGGCAUAGAGC